CUCUGUUGGAACGUGGAGGAGAUCUGUGCGCAUGCGCGGCCGACUGGUCCAUGAGAUGCUCUGAAAGGGAUCCUGCACCAUUCAUUCCCUUCGCCCGCUGUGGUGACUCCGUAAUCUGCAUCUGCACCCGCUGCGGAGCUGGGUGUGCGGCCUGACGAGAGGGCUCGGAGGGGCCAAUGCGUUCUGCACUGCAUCACUGUCCUGCAAAGGAGUGCAGAGAAGAGUAUGUGACAUUGCAUGGCCUUCCCACCGUAAAGUGUGUGCGAAAGGAAUGGCAAUGAUCAUAUGGAGCAAUUAUAACUUCUAAGCUGAAGAGAGUGGUGAUGGCGAAUGUGAGCCCAGAGCUGGACAACAUGGAGGUGCAGACGCCCCCAAACAACAACAAUCGCUGGGAUCAGACUGACCAUGCAUGGGAUGAGCCCGCAGCCUCUGGCAAAUUUUUCGAGUGCUCCCGGAUCAAAGCUCUGGCUGAUGAACGUGAUGCUGUUCAGAAGAAAACCUUCACCAAGUGGAUGAACUCCCACCUCUCCAAAGUGCCGUGCCGCGUGAAUGACCUUUACAGCGACCUGCGCGAUGGCUACAUCAUUACCAAAUUGCUGGAGGUGCUAUCCGGAGAGCAGCUGCCUAAACCCACCAGAGGCCGGAUGAGAAUCCACUCUCUGGAGAAUGUGGACAAGGCCCUCCAGUUUCUCAAGGAGCAGCGUGUGCAUCUAGAAAACGUGGGCUCACAUGAUAUAGUAGAUGGAAAUCAUCGACUGACCCUGGGCCUCGUCUGGACCAUUAUCCUCCGUUUCCAGAUCCAAGUAAUAAAGAUAGAAACUGAGGACAAUCGUGAGACCAGGUCGGCAAAGGACGCCCUCCUCUUGUGGUGCCAGAUGAAGACUGCAGGUUAUCCAGAGGUCAAUAUCCAGAACUUUACCACAAGCUGGAGAGAUGGCCUGGCAUUCAGUGCGCUGAUCCACAGGCACAGGCCGGAUACCAUUGACUUCAACAAGCUGACUAAGUCCAAUGCAGCGUACAAUCUCCAGCAAGCCUUUAAUACAGCUGAGCAACAGCUGGGUCUGAUCAAACUGCUGGACCCUGAAGAUGUCAACAUGGAGAAUCCAGAUGAGAAGUCUAUUAUCACAUAUGUUGUGUCUUUUUAUCACUACUUCUCCAAGAUGAAGGCUUUGGCAGUGGAGGGCAAGCGCAUCGGAAAGGUGCUAGACCAGGCCAUUGAGACUGAGAAGGACAUUAACAGAUACGAGGACUUAGCAUCAGAACUUCUGGACUGGAUUGAAAGAACCAUAUCAAUCAUCACUAACCAGAAAUUCGCCAAUUCCUUACUGGGCGUCCAGCAGCAGCUCCAGGCGUUCACCACCUACUGCACCACUGAGAAACCCUGCAAGUUUCAGGAGAAAGGGAAUUUGGAGGUUCUUCUCUUCACCAUUCAGAGCAAGAUGAGGGAAGAGAAACGCAAACUGUAUAUCCCUACAGAGGGGAAUAAUAUCUCUGAUAUUAACAAGGCUUGGACGCGGCUGGAGAAGGCUGAACAUGAGCGGGAGGUUGCCCUGCGCAAUGAGCUCAUCCGUCAAGAGAAGCUGGAGCUGCUUUCCCAAAGAUUUGAUCAGAAAGCAGCCAUGAGAGAGGCUUGGCUCAGCGAGAACCAGCGCCUGGUGUCCCAGGAUAAUUUUGGUUACGACCUAUCGGCAGUGGAGGCCGCCAUGAAGAAACAUGAGGCCAUUGAGGCGGACAUCUCUUCCUAUGAGGAGCGGAUCCAGGUGGUGGCUGACCUGGCCCAGGAGAUGGAGUCGGAGGGAUAUUAUGAUAUCUGCAGGAUAACAGCCCAGAAAGAUAACAUCCUAAGGCAGUGGAACCUCCUGAAAGAUCUGCUUCGCUCCAGAAGAGGGAGGCUGGAGAAGAACCUGGCCCUCCAGAAGAUAUUCCAGGAAAUGGUGUACAUGAUAGACUGGAUGGAUGAGAUGCAGGUUCCCCUUUCGUCCAAAGACUUUGGGAAGCAUCUUUUGGAAGUAGAAGAUCUUCUGCAGAAGCACAGCUUGCUAGAGGCCGACAUCACUGCCCAGACUGAGAGAGUCCACUCCCUAAAUCAGGCUGCCCUGAAGUUCACUCAGUACUCUGAAUAUCAGCCCUGCGACCCCCAGAUCAUCUGCAACAGAGUAGAGCAUGUCAAGAGCUGUUUGGAAGCACUGAGGCAGCUGGCGGAGAAACGCCGGGGUGAGCUGGAAGAAUCAAGGCAUCUCUGGUGCCUUCUGCAGGAGGUGGAAGAGGCUGAGGGCUGGAUCCGAGAGAAAGAACAGAUUCUGUCUGCUCCACAAAGUUACGGGAAGGACCUGAGCAGCGUCCUGAGGCUUCUGAGCAAACACAAGAUACUGGUGGGGGAGCUCGGAGGGAGAUAUUCUAUGCUACAGCAGACUCUCCAGAAAGGGGAGCAGGUGCUAACAAAGAGGCGGCGAGGAAUGUCUGGGCUUCGCCAGAGGAUGCAAGAGGUGAAGCUGAAAUGGGAGAACCUGGAAAAGGCCUCCAAUGCCCAUCAGCUGAAACUUCAGGAGGCCUCUAAUUUCCAUCAGUUCAAUGCAGACACUGUGGAGCUUGCAGGUUGGCUGCAGGAUACCUAUCGCCUGGUUUCCAGUGAUGACUUUGGACACGAUGAGUUUUCCACCCAGUCGUUGGUCAAGAAGCAUCGGGCAGCCACCGAAGAGAUAGAGAAACACAGAGCCGCUGUGCUUGGCUUGAGGAAACAGUUGUCGGAACUGGGUGCAGAUUAUAGAGACCAGGUGGAUGUGCAGAUCAGUAUUGUGGAGGUGGAGCAGCUCUAUGGAGAGGUGGUUGAGGUAGCCUCCCUGCGGAGCCAGUGGCUUCAAGAUGCAUUAGAUGUCUACAAAAUGUUUGGGGAGGUUAACUCCUGUGAGGUGUGGAUAGACGAGAAGGAGCAGUGGUUAAUGAAGAUGGAUAUCCCACAGAGACUGGAGGAUGUGGAGGUUGUCCAGCACAGGUUUGAGAGUCUGGACCAAGAAAUGAACAGUCUGAUGGGUCGUGUACUGGAUGUCAACCAGAUUGUGCAGCAGCUUCUAGAGGGUGGCCAUCCCAGCUCCUCUGAGGUCCGGGCCUGUCAGGAUCACCUAAACAGCAGGUGGAACCGAAUUGUAGAGCUAGUUGAGCAGAGGAAAGAACAAAUCACCUCUGUCCUUCGCCUGCAGAACUAUUUCCUAGAGUGCAAUGAGGUAAAGUCACAGAUCCGUGAGAAAAGGAAAGCCAUGGAGACCACCCAGUGUGGUAGUGGAGAACUGGGUGGGGUGUUGACUCUGCAGAGGAAGCUGUCAAGCAUGGAGGCAGCACUGGUGGCUCUUGAGCCCAAGUUGGUCCAGCUGCAGCAAGAUGCAGAAGCCCUUACCACCUGCCACCCAUCUCAGGCCAUGGAAGUGCUGGUACACUUUGAGGAAAUUAGCGGAGAGUGGGAAGCUCUGAAGAGGACUAUACAAGGGUGUGAGGAUUCCCUCACAGUUGCCAACAAGUUACAGCAAUUUAUUCAAGACCUGGAUAACUUUCUGACUUGGUUGGUCAAGACACAAACUGCUGUGGCUGCUGAAGAGUUGCCGUCCAACCUGUUGGAGGCUGAGAGGUUGCUAGGGCUCCACGGUGCCCUGAAAGAAGAGAUAAGCAGAUAUGAGGAGGACUACAAUAAGAUUCAGGCAGUCAGUGACCUCCUGAGCCUGGAAGAGGCUGAUCUCCCAUACCUUUCUCUCCAGCAGUGGUUGCAGAAGCUGGAGGUAGGAUGGAAUAAGCUGCUGCAGAUGUGGGAGAACAGGAGGGAGGUCCUUGUACAGUCCCACAUUUUCCAUUUAUUCUUGAGAGAUGUUAAACAGGCUGACGCGUGCCUGAACAACCAGGAGUCAGCUUUGGCUCACGUUGAGUUGCCUAACACUAUGCAAGGGGUGGAGAUAGCCAUUAAGAAGCAUAAGGAUUUUCUGACUACUAUGGAAAUGAACACACAGAAGGUUUCAUUGGCCGUGGAUGCUGGGGAGAGCUUGAUACGACUUGGAAAUGUAUUUGCAGAUCGUGUCCAGGAUAGGAUUGUUGGAAUCCAGAAGAGGAGUCAGCGUAACAUGGCCCUGGCCCAGAAAUGGCUGCAGAGACUGAAAGAUCAUCUACAGCUGCAACACUUCCUUCAGGACUGCAAUGAGUUGGAUGCCUGGAUCUGUGAGAAAACACUGAUGGCUCGGGACAACUCGCGGGACGGGUCUCAAAAACUCCACAAGAAAUGGCUCAAGCACCAGGCGUUUACGGCUGAACUCUCUCAGAACAAGGGCUGGCUGGACAAAAUUGAAAAGGAAGGUCACCAACUCAUCCAAGAAAAGCCAGAGUUGGCCGGUGUGGUGAAGAAGAAGCUUGAAGAGAUCCGUCAGUGUUGGGUGGAGCUCGAAUCCAGUACUCAAGCCAAAGCCCAGCAACUCUUCCAGGCCAAUAAGGCCGACCUGGUGGUGCAAAAUUAUACAGACAUUGGAAAGAGACUCUAUAGGCUGGAAGAGCAACUUCAGCCAGUGGAACCCUUACCUGACAUUACCGUGGUCAAUGAUCAGCUCAAAAAGCUAGAGACAAUGGAGUCUCAGAUGGAGGAAUGGUACAAGGAGGUGGGGGUGCUGCAGGCACAGAUGGCGUCUCUCCCGCUGGAUGUGGUGAGCCAAGAGGCUGUGAGCGAGAAGCAGAAUGAGGUUGGCACUAGGAUCGUGCGACUGAUCGAGCCCCUGAAAGAAAGAAGACGGAUUCUUCUGGCCUCCAAAGAAGUUCAUCAAGUCACCCGGGACCUGGAAGAUGAAAUUUCCUGGGUACAGGAGAGGCUUCCUCUCGCUAUGACUAAAGAACACGGGAGCAGCUUACAGUCCGUGCAGCAGCUCAUCAAGAAAACCCAGAACCUGAGGCGAGAGAUCCAGGUACACUCCCCGCGAGUGGAUGACAUCUUGGAGCGAGCGGGGACCAUUGCUGGUAUCCGAAGUCCGGAGGCAGAGGGCGUACGUAUGGGGUAUGAGAGCCUACGGGAGAUGUGGAAUAUGCUGCGGGAGGAGACAGAGAGAAGGCAGCAGAUCUUGGAUAUCAACUACCAGGUGCAGCAAUAUUACUUUGAUGUGGGCGAGGUGGAGACGUGGCUGAGUGAGCAGGAACUCGUCAUGAUGAACAACGACAAGGGGAAGGAUGAGCAGAGCACCCUGCAACUCCUAAAGAAGCACCUUAUGGUGGAACAGACCAUUGAGAACUACGAGGAGACAAUCGCUCAACUGUCCCGGCAGUGCCGCACCCUACUAGACCUGGCACACCCCGACAGUGAGCAGAUAAGUAGGCGUCAGUCUCAGAUUGAUCGGCUCUACGUGUCUCUGAAGGACUUGGUGGAGGAGCGGAAGGGACGCCUGGAGCAGCAGUAUUGGCUCUUCCAGCUAAGCCGGGAGGUGGAUGAACUGGAGCAGUGGAUAGCAGAGAAGGAGGUGGUGGCCGGGUCUCCAGAGCUGGGCCAAGAUUAUGAGCAUGUGACACUUCUCCAGGAGAAGUUCACGGAGUUUGUCAGUGAGACCGGCAGCAUUGGACAUGAGCGCAUCUCUGCAGUCAACCAGAUGGUGGACGAGCUCAUUGACUACGGACACUCCGAUGCAGCCACGAUCGCAGAAUGGAAGGACGGAGUGAAUGAGGCCUGGGCAGACUUGCUGGAGUUGAUGGAGACAAGGGCCCAGAUGCUUUCUGCCUCCCAUGAGCUACAUAAAUUCUUCAACGACUGCAAAGAGGUUCUGUCCCAGGUGGAGGAGAAGAAGCAGAGGGUGCCGGAGGUGAAGGCACAGGAGGUCCGGCUCUCGGCUGGGUCCUUGCAGCGGAUUCUUAGUUCUUUUGAACACGACAUUCAGGUCCUUGUCACUCAGGUACGCCAGCUGCAGGAGAACGCUGCCCAGCUGCGCACGGUCUAUGCCGGGGAGAAUGCAGCAGCCAUUGUCACCAGUGAGCAGGAAGUAAUGCGCUCGUGGAAGGAACUGCUGACCUCAUGCGAGGACUGCCGCCUGCAGAUUACCAGCACCAGUGACCGCAUGAAGUUCCUAGGUCUCGUCAGGGACCUGAUCUCCUGGAUGGACAGCAUCAUCUGUCAGAUUGGCACAGGAGAGAAGCCCAGAGACGUGUCUUCUGUGGAAGUUUCAAUAAGUUAUCAUCAAGGUUUAAAGAGUGAAAUUGAGGCACGAAACAAGAGGAUUGCGGACUGUGUGGAGCUGGGAAAGUCUUUAGUCCUAAACAAGCGGCCGGCAUCAGAAGAGAUCAAGCAGAGUCUGGACAGGUUGAUGGCAAAGAAGAGAGAACUGUUGGAUAAGUGGCAGAAGCACUGGGAGUGGCUGCAGCAAAUGCUUGAAGUUCACCAGUUUGCCCAAGAAGCUGGAGUGGCUGAAGCCUGGCUAACUGCCCAGGAGCCCAUAGUAAAGAGCCCGGAGCUGGGCAAUAGCGUGGACGAGGUGGAGCAGCUAAUCCGACGACAUGAGGCCUUCCGCAAAACAGCAGCCGUCUGGGAGGAAAGAUUCAGCUCAUUGAGGCGCCUAACUACAUUGGAGAAGAUGAAAGCAGAGCAGAACAAGCAGCCUGCAACCCCACUGCUCGGCCGAAAAGUUUUCUCGGACACUACGGACUUUUCAACUCGUCCAUCACCCUUUGUACAUCAGGCAAUCCAUGAAAAGUCAGAGUCUAGAUCAGAGCAGAAAGAUACUUUGUCCAUCCCUAACGGGGUCCAGCUGGACAGCCAUAGAAUAAGAGGAGAAAAGGGUGACACAAGAGUGGGUUAUGUACGGCAGGAGAUGAAGCCAGAACGUCUGCAACCAAAGAUAGACCAUGUGGAAGCCAGGGUGACAGAGAAACUGCUGCCAGCUCAGGAAGGAUCCCGGGCAGAGAGAUCAGAAAUUAAAGUGGCACAGGGUAUGGCAACCUUGACUGUAGAUAAAACGGAUAGUAAAUUGAGUCGGCAUGCUGCGCGGAGAGAGCGCCAUGAUCGGAGACUGGAACGCCAGGAGUCCAGUGAACAUGAGGUUGCCAAACCAGAGCAACCAGAGGAAAAGAGGAGGAAGGAUAGGCAUGAGAAGAGGUUGGAAAGACAAGGAUCUAGUGAGCAAGAAACUCCAAAACAGGAGCAGCCGGAAAGGAGGAGGGACAGGCAUGAGAGAAGGGCUGACAAACAAGAGUCCAUCGAGCAAGAAGCACCAAGGAAUGAACCGGAGCCCAAACCAGGAGGGAAGGCAACACUUGCGGACAUUGUAGAACAGCUGCAGGAGAAAGAAGCAUUGCAGAACAACCCUGAAAGUCGCGACUCUCCUGCACGAUUACCCAAUGGUGUGGAAAAACUUCAAGAAAGAACGACAAGACCUGACCGGCCAAGAGCACGAGACAGACCCAAGCCAAGGAGAAGACCUCGACCCAAAGACCCAAACCAACCACCGGGUGAGGCAAGGAGAUCCCGCUCAGCUCCAGCACAGAGCAAUGCACCUCCUCCCCCACCUCCCACCCAUACAGUACAGCAGGAAGGAUACCUAUUCAGGAAACAUGAGCUGGAUGGUCCCAGCAAAAAGGCCUCAAACAGGUCCUGGGUAAACCUGUACUGUGUGCUAAAUAAAGGGGACUUAGGGGUCUAUAAGGACGCAAAGAGCCAGAGUUCAGGGGCUACACACGGAGGGGAACCCCUGCUGAAUCUCAACAGAGCUUCCUGCGAGGUGGCCAAUGAGUACAAGAAAAAGAAGUUUGUCUUCAAGCUCAGGUCGACAGAUGGAAGAGAAUUCCUCUUUCAAGCAAAAGAUGAGGAGGAGAUGAAGAACUGGAUUACUGCUAUAGGCACCAGUGUUUCUGAACAUGCCGAGAUAGCCAAAUGGAGCCAGACCCUCGUCACUACCUCCUCUACAGAUGAAGGCAACAUAAAACGAGAGUCUGAUCGCAGAUCCAGUGCGGGGGGCCGUAAGAAGUGAACCACAAGGGGAGCAAGGAGCUACUUACAAUACCCUCUUUCUUUACUACUUCCGCCUCCAGGCUGAGCCAGGAGGUGAUCAAACACCUGAAGAGAUUGUCCUUCCAGGCCUUCUACAGGUGUCCCAAGGAGCCUUCUGAUACGUUUUAAAACUGAAUCUUGAUGUCUAUGCAUUUCCUGAACAUAGUUUUCCUACCCAAAAAAACUGUGUGUUUAACAAUUUUAUCCUAAAACUUCCAUCCUAAAUCAUUCCCUCUCUGCUCCUUCCGGUGCCGUGCGGGUGUAAUGUAUCUAGCUCUGUUAGAGUCUGGUGAACAAGCAUAUAUAUGGCCCAAACUGUAUAACCGUGUAGCAAGUGGCCUAUGUCAUUAGCAGAACGUACAUGAGAAUCAGGUUCUUAGAUCCAGGCAAGCUCUAGGACACACAUCGUCUGGUUAAGGGGAAGAACCUCAGAGCUUUGCUUCUAAAAAGUCUGAAUCCCUCUUUUUCCUUUAAGAUCAGGAUCAUGUGAGAGCAGACAUUCUCUGUGAGGAGAGGAUGAGAGUUUUAGUUUUGUAUUUGCUUUGACAGUAAGGCAAGGGGACACGUCGGAACAGAUUUACACUAUUCUAUAUUUCAGUGGUUGCUACAAAAUUGUGGGUUCUUGGGGUGAACUGAAGACCUGUAACCAAGGACAGUGACCCUUGUUGAAAUGGUCAUCGUUUUCAUAUGCUGGAUUAUAUAUGAGGGUAACUACAGUACAGCUAUGCAGCCAUAUGAGCCACUAAUGUAUCCCUCAUUUCAGUACUGCAAUACUGGCCCAGGCACUGCAACAUCUAUUGCUUGAGGGUCCCAUCACUGGAAUCCACAUCACAAGCCUGUGGCUUUCUGUGUUCCAUGUCCCCAGCUCAAACCAUUUCAGGACUAGUAUGAUGUAUAGAUAUAUUAAAUAUAAUGCUCUGCAAGUGGAGAGAUUGAUUUUCCAAUUCUUUUUAAAUAAGCACAUUGAGACGUUUAUCUAAAGUGUACACAGACCUUUUGCUGGCUGAACCGAAAUCCACGAGAAUGCAGCCUCUGACUGGAUGAUGGGCUAGUGAUUUCACCAGUCCCAAGAGAGUCGAUAGGCUAAAAGACUGUUCAGCCCACAAAAUGACUGCUUCCAUUGUAUGUUGGUGUGGGGUACACUUUAUUAAGGGCACCAGGAAAUUUCUUAUUAAAGUGUCACACAUGUC